CACGUGACCACCGCGCCUUUCACUGCCGGAAACACUACGCUGCUCCAACUUCGCCACAACCAGCGAAAACAGAAGAAUGCAGAGAUCACAGUCUGAGAAGGCAACCAAGACUGUAGCUGGACCACCAGCUUGGGGAUGGACACGGAGGACCAACUCACUGCGGUUAGGUAUCACCCAAGCAUCACAGCGCCAACACCUGGACAUGCUGUCCCAGCGACAACCACAACCACUCAAACCCAGAAGACCAGGAAGAGCAAGGUGCAUCCUCCUCCUGGGUCCAACAAUGCUGCCAAGGCACAGCAGGACAGUCCCAGUUCCAGAAGCAGCCACACCCCUCAGAUGGAUCAGGGCCCGAACAGGAGACCAUUUCCUGGUCCAAACCAAAAUGAAAGACGAAGGCCUCAGAAGUCUCCUGUGCCACCAACUCCAAAAGGGGUUGAGAAAAUCUCUGAAGAUACAGUUUCUCCCCAAAAACCACAGCCGACAACCAGUCGUGCCGGUCCCAGGCCAAAAGAUGUGGAUUUUGGAGUUAAGCUAACAAGGGAUGAAGUGGAGGAAGUGGAGAAGCAAACCCGUGGACAGAGGAAAAACAAUAACUGGUUUGCCUGGCGAAAGAACCGGAUCACGGCUUCAAUGGCGCACCAGGUCUCAAGCUGCAGAUUUGUUAACCACAAGAGCGACACUCCAGCCCCUUCCCUCCUGGAUAUGAUCACAGGUCAAAGGCGGGGCUUCCGGACCGAAGCCAUCAAGUGGGGAAUCAAGAAUGAGGGCAACGCAGUCAACAAGUACAAGGAGUUGAAGAGUGCGAUGCUUGGCCGGCCGAUCUCGGUCCAGAACUGUGGUUUGUUCAUCGACCCUGAGCGGCCCUGGUUGGUAGGCAGCCCUGAUGGCAUCGUGACGGACACACAGACCGGCCAACGGCUGCUCUGCCUGGAAGUGAAAUGUCCUCACAAGCACAAAGACAGGACAGUGGAGGACGCCUGCAGGGAGGAUCCCCACUUCUGUCUCUCCCUGCAGGAUAACGAGGGUCAAGAACCUCGAGCCGCUCCAGUUUACUGCCUGAAGACGAGUCACCCGUACUACACACAGAUCCAGUGUCAGCUGGCGGUGACCGGUCUGCGGCAGGCUGACCUCGUGGUCUUCACUCUAAAGGAGACUGCCAUUGUACCCGUGACAUUUGACCCUGUCCUGUGGGAGCAGACUGUGUCCAAGUUGGAGAAAUUCUAUGAAAAGGCCAUCCUGCCUCACGUCAAGAGAGAGAGACAGGAGGACGCGGCGGCGGCGGUCAGAACACCGGAGCAGUAGACAGAUCGACUGAAAUGUGAUUCCACUGUGCGUUGCAGCACUUCUUAUUUUGUCCAUCCCGGUGUAUGAAUUCAAAACCUGCAGGCUGUUCAAGGACUCUCACAUUUAUGGUAACUGCUGCAUAGAUGCCCGUCAUCACAUUUUUUUCUCAUCACGUCACAAUGUGUGGCUCACUGCCGCACGCUGUCAGGCCCUGAAGACUUUUUAUUACCCUUUUUAUUAAAUUGCUGCGACGCUACGUGCGUUUUCCCGUCAGAUAUUUUUCCAUGACAGACCGUUACCAUGACAAUCCGUCCGGAUUGUGUAUCAUGCACUUGGGCCCUUUGUCAAAGAGGGCGGGACCUAUAUGUCUUUGUUUGCAAUUUUCACGGAGUGAAAUAAAACAAAAAGCGAAAAGAGAAAAUGGAAGAAUUAAUAGCAAAUGAGCUCAACGUGGACAACAAGAAGAAAACACAAAACUCCCAGCCAUCAAGAACAGAUUGAAAACUUCGUUACAAACCAGGAAGCUAAAAACAUGAUUAGAAAAACCAAGUCGGACAUGAACAUACUCCAUAAAUAUUGAAACAGCAUCAGAAAAAACACAGAUUGAAAGUUGACCAGCUAACGAGCGGACCGUCUGUUCAGCUAGCGGAGGUGAAGAAUGCCAACAGGUCCGACGACGAACCCAACACCGUCAGCAGGUUUCAUAUUCUGGUGAUACCGCAAGUUUUUAUAUAUAUAUAUAUAUAUAUAUAUAUAUAUAUAAAAUCAGACCUCUGUGUUUUUGGCACAGACCUGGUUAACGCUCAGUCCGUACUGUCAACACCUCGGUCUGACAUUUUCCGGUGCAGACCUCGCGCUCAGUUAAUAAUCCUUUAAAAUAAGUCUGUAUUAUUUUUCCCCUUUUUGGUUUGGUUUUAGGGUGGAGCCUAUCCCAGCAGUCCAUGGGCAAGAGGCGCGGUUCACCCUGGACAAAAACAGGGUUUGAUGAAGGUACUCUUAUUUUGAGAGGACAACCCAAAUGUGGGACAGUGUCAUUAGUCAUAGUUUCCAGUUAAUGUUACCAUUGAUUAAUCGAUGACUAAAUAAACUGGUGCUGUUCUGUUCACAUCCAUGUCUUGGCUCUUGGUUCAGGCCGUUGGAUGAUUCCGUCGUCCGGCACAGAUGGCCAACCAACAUUACGAUGUGGAUUAGAUUAGAUUGAACUUUACUGAUCCCUUGGGAAGACUCCCUCAGGGAACCCGCUAAAGAAAAUGAGAGCAGGACUCCAUGAUGAGGUGAAUGAGCUGAAAUUUUAAGAGCGAACAUGGAGCGAGCUGCUGUUGACGAGGAGUUCUAAAAGAGUCUUCAGAGUUAUUAGACAGACAUUCUUCAUGCGCUUCAUUUGAGCGCGUCUGUACAAACGUUUUCAAAGAAACCGCUUAACGGUUUCAGAUUGACUCGGUCCAGGUUGAUGGAUUAAAGUUUUAUUUGAGGUGUCCUUUCUGCGAGGAUCAGGACCUCGGUUCAGGAAGGAGGUUCACUCCACUUGGACAUGAUUUAUCCUGAGAUUUCUGUUCCAGAACAGCUGAUGGAUUUGGAGUAGAUUCACUCUGAGCCCCGACACCGAGACUCACCGUGGCAACCUUGGACCAAAACAGAAACUCAUUCUGCUUAUUUUACACUGCCAGACUGAGAACUCCUCACACAGGCCCUCAACCAGGUUAGGUUCCCAGGCUAUGUUCCCAUAGUAACGGACUCUGUCUCAGGUUUGAUUGACAGGGCCCCUGACAGCUGACUGAUGACGUCACAGCAGAUGAACUCAGUCCGCUGGAUAAACGUUACAUCAUCUUUGUUUUGUUGUUCCAGUCGAGGGUUUGCUUCUUAAUGUUGCUUGUGUGGUUAAACUGCCCCCUGUGGGUCACACGGCAACUUGUGGCCAUCUUACUAAACAAAGAAAUGCAAAUGUAUCGCGCAUUCAUGUCCGCUGUCACUUUGUCGCAACUUUGUGUCCUCAGUGUUUCAGAAAGCAGCUUCAACAAACCCCGAGUGUAACCCACCAGGGAUCACAGUCCAGAUGAGCUCAGAACGGCAGAUUAUUAGUUCAGUGUCUCUGACUUCGGCUCAUCUGGAGGAAA